GGGAUGAUCCAGUUUAAUUGACUAAUCCUGACCGGCUGAUUCGCUGCUCGCAGGCAGAGCCUCAGUGUUUGUGUUGGACUCGCCAGCUGCUCACACAGCACUUGCUUCUCGCUGAGUCUCCGGCCAGGACCAGGACACUGCAGCGAUCCUGAAGCUUCUGUUUCCCUCGUCCACAGAGCAGAGGAGGAGCAUCAACAGCUCUGAGUCACACUCGGAUACACCGGUCAAACUUUGCCAACGCUACCGACAAUGGGCAACAGCAAGAGCGGCGCUGUGUCGAAGGAGAUCCUGGAGGAUCUGAAGCUCAACACCAAGUUCUCAGAGACGGAGAUUGCCCAGUGGUACGAGAACUUCAAGAGGCAGUGUCCGACGGGCCGCAUCUCAAAAGAGGAGUUCCAGAACAUCUACAGUAAGUUCUUCCCAGACAGCGACGCCGACACGUACGCCCAGCACGUCUUCCGCUCCUUCGACACCAACGAUGACGGCACGCUGGACUUCAAGGAGUACAUCAUCGCCCUCCACAUGACGUCCACAGGGAAGACCACGAGGAAGCUGGAGUGGGCCUUCUCGCUGUUCGACGUGGACAAGAACGGGUACAUCACCAAGACAGAGGUCAAGGAGAUCUGCACGGCCAUUUUCAAGCUGAUUCCUAAAGACGAGCUGUCCGCUCUGCCCAGCGAUGAGAACACCGCUGAGAAGAGGGCCGACAAACUCUGGAAGUUCUUUGAAAAGGGCGACAAUGACCGAGUUGCAGAGGGAGAGUUCAUCAAGGGAGUUAUGGAAAAUGAAGUCGCUCUUCGCUUGAUUCAGUAUCAGCCUAUAAAGUAACUGUUGUGUCAGAUGUGCUGGUUCUUCAUCUCUCUCCACGUCCCCCCCCCCCCCUCUCCCCUGCUGAUGCAAUGCCACCUGACAGCACCUUCACAAGUUGUGAGCACAUCGCUCCAUAUUAACCACUGACACAGAAUCUCCUCAUAACAGAUGUCUUUACCACACAGAGCAAAAAAUACAUGUUGGAGUUAAAGGUUCAGUGUGUAGGGUUUAAUGACAUCUAGUGGUGAAGUGUCACGUUGCAGCUGAACACCCCCCCACACACACACAUACACACACACACUUCCAAACAUGAACGGGAACCUGCGGUAGCUUCAGAUGUCGUGAAAACUCAAAAGGUUUAGUUUGUACAGUCUGAUCUACUGUAAAAAACAUGGCUGCCUCGGUAGAGAGGAGCCGCUCGAUGUUAAUAUGAAGUAUUUAAAUAUAAAGUAUUUAAAUAUAAAGUAUUUACAUAUAAGGGCCCAUUCUAGGGUAAAGAAAACAAGAAUUUGUACAAUUUAGAUGAUUAAACAGUCGUGAAAUCAUCACUAAGAUUAUUUUAUAUUUCAAUUUCUGCCAAUAGAUCCUUUCACCUGCAUCUUAAACACUGAACCUUUAACCCCCCCCUCCCCCCCAGUGGACCGGUGUGUGUCUGUCAUGAAGCAGACAGCAGCGCUCCCUCAUGACAGUGUGGCCUGAAUGCUAAACUUUUAUAACUAACUAUAAAUAUAUAGAUUUUUCACUAGAUCUAAAUUGAUAAAGCACACAUCGAAUUUCUAAAAAGUGUCCUAUUAACUUUACGAACGUGAUUUGUGAAGGUGUUUCAGCAGCUCGACAAACCUUUCACUAUCAUGACAUGUUGCAUGAGUCCAGUAACGCUACAGUUAUGAUUGUAUGUUCUCCUGAGCAGCCCAUGUCGGAGUCUGGAGUUUCUACCCUGAGGUGUUUCCUAAAGCUGCAGUAAAGGGCAGUGUGUGAUUAUUGUACAACUUUGUGUCUUUGACAGUGUGUAAUUCAUCAUGUGAGCGUUCUAGUGAAGUGGUGCAUGUUGGAGAGUAGGUUUGUUUGUGUGCAGCAUGUAAAACAUGUUGGAUUUGAACUUAACAUUAAAUUCAGAAAAUCAAAUUAAUGAAAUUGUGAUCAGACGUAAACACUUUUUC